UGCUCUCUAUCCGACAUUAUAUCGUACGUUACUCUCAUGCUUCAUCGAGCACUUUGCGCUCAGAAGAUGCGCUCUGGUUGCCGGAGAAUUUUGUCGCUAACUGACAGCAAUAGAUUACCUCCACACGAACCUUUUUCACGAUUUAGGACGCUUGCACUCGCUCAUCGAGUUUCGCAAUUCAGAACGAACGUUGUCCACGAUGGACUCUGCAGCAGACUCCCUCCUAGCUCUUUCCAAUACUGUUGCAGUCAUAGCCGCGCAUGAUGAACCUCUAUCAGACGACGACCGCUCCAGCAGUCUGAGUGAACUGGAUGACAACCUUGACGACGUGGAAGGGGAAGAGGAAGAUGUCGAACCGGCCAAAGCCACUGAUGCCGAUUCUGAAGCGGAGACUGAAAGACUUCAGGUGACCCCGGAGGGGCUCGUGAAGAAAAAGCCUUUCGAGAUCAGUCCUAGCAAGCUGGCUCAACGAGAAGGUGUUGACAUGAGGCCAGAAAUAGAGAGUUUGACCGAAAGUCUUGUUUCGUCGCCAAUAUCCUCACAUGGCGACUCCGAUCUCGACGAUGCCCUGAGUGACGCGCCGGAUGCCGAGGGCGAAGCGGAAGCAGAACCGAAAAUCGGGCCCAGGACAUCACCCACUAAACGUAAGAGGGAAGACGACGACUCCGAGACUGAAGAAGCCCCAAGAUCGCAAAGACGAAGAACGGGAUCUGUCACGAGCGAAGAAGAAAAGUCCGAGCCCGAAAGUGAAGCCGAAGACAGUCGUCGACCGACGCGAGAACAUACCAUAGAGCGCGGGCCCGCAUUACCUGGGCCGGAUGAAGAAGUCGACGGUCCAGAAGACCGACAGAAAGAGAUUGAGAAAAUUGACACCAGCGAAGACUCCAAAGGCAAGUCGAGAAGUAGACCUCGCAGAAAAGCAAAGGGCGACGAUCUGCAAGCAGACGACGAACUAGAGCAUGAAGGUGCCGAAGAUAGUGAGGCGGUCGAUGAGAACGACACUGAAGCUACUGCAAAGAGUGAAGAAGAAACAGCCAGACGUAUGGCGGCAAUGGAAGCUUUGACUUCGCUGGAAAGGCAUUUCGCGGCCCUGAGAGAUCGGCUGUAUGAUGAACGAAUAGCAGCCAUCAACCAUGAGCUCGCUCUUCUGUCAGACUCGAAGCCGUCCAAGCCGUCACACCCCGAACUUUUGCGACAGGUGGAAGUGGUGCAGAAAUACCGCGACGAAAAGUUCGAAGUCGAACAAAAGCUGCUGGUCUAUAAGAUUGGUGCUCUCAAAAACAAAGCUGUGGCGGACCGCAGCCAGAUACACACUCAAUACUUCCAGACUGUCAGAGACAUCCGAGAGAAAUAUCUAGAACGUAUCAGCGAGCACUUUUACAGGAUCCAACGGGAUAGGUUCAAGGCGGAUUCGACGAUACCAAGCUACACCAUUCCAUUCCCGGAAAAACGGUCAACGCAAAUCGUUCAGCAGACAGCAUACAACAAGGAAGUCUCCAUAUUAUCUGGACUGGCCAAGUAUGUUGGAUUUCCUGCGGCGCCCGAGCUGGCAGCCUCGAAGCAGAAGGACGUUGAGGAUGACAUCCAGAGAAUGGGGAUACCGCCAACGCAGACUCGACCGAUUAGACAUACACAACGACCAGCGCAAAGUACGGGAGCACAACUAUCAGCUCCACAAGCGGAAGAACAGUUUCUAGAACAAACUCCGUGGGCCAAUCCACAGCAUCCCAUACAUAGAUUGAGCCGACAGAACUCGAACAGAUCGCCUCUGAAUGAGUUCUUGACACCGGCGAGCCAGCAACGCACCGCAGAAGCACUUCAACCCGCAGGGUCAGCUUCAACCAUCGCAGAUCCUAAUGCACACGCCUCGUCGGUCAUCAACACGCCGCAUGAUGGACAGAGCAGUACCACGAAGAUGGAGAACUUAGCUGGCACGAAUUACCAAAUCAACUCUGUCUCGCCACUUGAUACUCGUCGGGUUGUCGCAGACGGAUCAGACGCGCCAGGGAAAGAUGUGUCGCGAGAUUUUGCAUCUUCUCCUCUGAAUGCUCGGGUACACCUAGCAGGAUCGCCGCCUCGAGCGGGCUCGGCACGGCCGGACAAAAUGACCAGGCUAGGAAACGACUCUCCGUUCAAACAUGCCAAUAACGCGGGUAUCACGGCAGGAUCUGGAUUUUCAGGGACAGGGCGCUUCAGCAUUCGAUAGCGAUAGCGAUAGAGCAGAGAA